AUGGAUCUGUACAUUCAAUAAUCGGAGAAACAAAGCAAUCUCAAGAUAGAGCUGCUCAGAUAAUAUGGCUUGAGUUUGGGAGAUGUCUUUAAUCUAAAUAGGCUAGCAAUCUAAGCAGCUGAGAUGUCAAAUUAGGGUACUAGUAGUGAAGUAAAAAUAGGUGCAAGUGUUAUGACUAUAUCAGGGACUAUGUAUCAAGGCACAUUUAUUGAGCAUUCAUCUUCAUAUAGCACAGGUAUAUCUGCAGAGGAUAGUGCCAUCUUUAAAGCUAAUAGCGAUGGUUAAACCUAGUUUAAAGCUAUUUGUGUCCAUGUCAAACACUAAGUCAAAGAAGAAGACCAGCCAAUACAAUAGCAAAGCAGUGGCAAUAUUUUCCAGUUAAUUGGAAAUCCCCAAAGUCUUAAUAGUCCCUCACUUAUCUCGCCAAGACUUAAUCAGCAGCUCCUAUCAUCAGAUAUGUACACUGUCCCCGAACUAUAAAGAGGAAAUUCAAGUUAAAAUCUAUAUGAAAUUAUGAGAAAUACUCAGCAAUCCUCAUCCUAAAAGAACGGGUUUUAAGCUCAGUCAUAGAUUUAGUUACAACAAUAGUAGAAUCAGUAGAAAAGAUUCAAAUCAGUAUUCUAGAUGCCGAAUGGCUAAUGGAGAAAUAGUCUUUUCAUUAGUAAAAAUCAGCAUAUGCUCUUUAUUUCUUGCAAAAGCGAAUAAAAUUUCAUUGUCAAAGCCUCAGAGUCAGUUCUGGCAUUAGCCUCGAUUCCGAGUCUAACUCAAAGCCUAAAUAAUUAAUUCUAACAACAAUUACCAAUGAGUUUACAACAAAUACAUCAUGGAUAGAAGCAUCCAUCACAGAAUUAGUAGAUUUAAUAACAGAAUGAGAAGAUAAGAUAGACGCUGGAUAAAGCAGCUUCCUGGGCUUAGCUAGACUUCAAUGAGGAAACUAGAUAUUAAUGUGAGAAGUUAAUAAUUAGUGAUCCUAAAUAGAAGCUUAAGUCGAUGUUUAACCAGAAGUUAACAUUUAAUGAACCAGGGGUAAUUCUAAGGAAAUAUGAAUGCGGUUUUAAUAGGAUUAAUUAUGUUACUCUCCAGCUACUAGCUCAUGGUAUCAGUGAAUAUCUGUUUGAAAAAUAUGAUAGGAAUGAGUUAGCAAACUAGGGAGUAGUUGUGGGUUUCGAUUCAAGAUAUGAGUCUUUUGGAUUAGCACAUAUGAUGGCUGCGGUUCUGAAGGCUUAUCAAAUAAGAGUGUUUUGUUUGGAUCGAUAUGCUAUCUCUACUUUUGUGUCCUACUUUUCUCAAAAAUUCAAGUGCAUUCUGGGGUUAUUCAUAACUGGAAGAAAUAAGUCUAAAAAGUACUCAGGGAUCAUGAUCUUUAACUCGCAAGGUAAUCUUAUAUCACUCGAGCAAUCUAAAGCCAUUGAAAAAUCAACCCAAGAAUAUUCAUAAAACCUAUCAUACUUGAUAGAUUUGAGCCCAUUAUUUGAUUAUACUGCAAAAAAGGUUAAAUUCAAGCCAGACAACUUUACAGAUGUGACUAUGAAAUCGUACAUUUAAGUCAUAGAGGAGAAGUUUCUAUUUAAUCAGAGAAAGAUCAAUAAGCUUUCAGAUAAGAUAGUAUUUUCUAGUCUGCAUGGCCCAGCUUACGAGUUUAUGCGAAAGAUAUUCGCUAACUUCGGGUUCCCUUCACUAAUAAUACCUGAACAACAUUAAAACAUGAGUGCUUUAUUUGAUACUGUAAUCAUUCCUGAUGUAAAUUUGUAAUAAUUAGUACUGAGAUACUCAUUCCAAUGUUGCGACCAAAAGGAUAGCAACAUCAUAAUCUGCACUGACCCUAUCGGAGAGCAAAUUCAGCUAGCUGAAAGGAUCAAAAUAGGCGAGAAAAUGAUUUGGAAAAUAUAUAAGGCGUCAGAUCUUGCUAUAAUUCUGAUUGAGUUCUCAAAAUAAAGCCUAGCUUAGCAAUAGGGAGAGUAAAAAAAUUCCAUUGUUGUAGUUUUAGAUUAAAACUCUCUCUCAGUGCAAAAAUACUGUGAAUCUGAAAAGAUUGAAGUUAUUACGUUAGCUGAGUUUAAACAGGAGAAUUACCAUGACAGGUAUCUCAUAAAAGUAAACACAGAGACAUCUUCAUUUUAAAUAGGCUCAUAUAGAGGAUACUAUGAUAGCAUUAUAACUUCUAUAGUAAUUGCUUAACUUUUAGUUUAGCUGUAGUAGGAUGAUAAAUCCCUGUAUUAUGAUUAUUUGAUGCCAAUGCUUAAUAAAAUCUAAGAAUAAACUUAGGAGUUUAGGUUGCAUAUGCAAAUAGUUCAAAAUGAUCAGAAAUGGUUUUAAAUUUUUGAAGAGAUGGCUACAUUAUAUAAAGAUAAAUCAGUUAAAAUAUUGUCCCAAUAAGAAAUAGGAGAUAUUUAAAUAAUGAGCUUUAAACAAUAAAAAGGUCUAGAAGAGAUUAGUAUAUAUAUAAUUCAAUUGGAGUUGAAAUAUAAUUUAAUUAUGAAAAUUUACUCCUCAAAGCUAUGCUAAAUUAAAGUUCAAUAUGAAGACGUAGAGAAUAAGAAUGAUGAUAAAAAACAUAUUAAGCUUAUUAAAAAGAUGAUGUUUAGUAUUAUCAAAGCAGCCUACAAUGAGUAACAAUUUGAGAUACUAAAUGAAUAGUCUCCCUAGAUAGAAUCAUAGUAAUCAAAUGGAGGGGGUAUCCAUCUGCCUAUCAAAUAAAAGGUACUGCCUCUGCUUACUUUUAUCUGA